GCAGUCAAUCGAGCUGAAAUUCACCCACACGGGCGGUGAACAUCUGAGUUCGUGGGUUCCAAUCACUCGGGCUCAGUACCGUAGUGUAUCAAACCUUAUUCAUUGAUUCAUUGUUGUUUGAUGGGUUUUUGGAUAGGCUACUUUUGUCGCUAUUCAAAGUGAUGGGUCGAGAAAAGGGCUGGUCGGGAUGGAUUGCUUGAUGAGCAGUUCUCAUCGGCCCACAAUCUGAGGGUUGGCGAGGGAAUGAACACUUUACUCUCUAUUGCGGGAGAGCUGCAGCAAGCUGACGAGAAUGCCAUAGCCGAAGACCAGAAAGCUCCAAUUUUCGGAUUCGAAGGCCAUAGUGGUCCUAUUUGACAUUACUAAAUCCUCCUCUGUAGUUGCUGUCGCUGUGCUACGACGGUUUUAUGCAUUUUAUUGAAUGUUCGGGGUGCAGAACGGCGUGGGAAUCUUUGGUAACACGUGACGGAGCUUCAAUUAUAGGGGGGUUGUGUGGGAAAGUCAAAGCGCGUCUUCGUAAACGUUGUUGCGGAGCUGGGAGCAGCAUUAGGAUGGGCGUUCACUGCGGCAUUCGAGAACCCAUAAGCGCUCUCGCGUCUUCGACGCAAAUUGACCUCUCAUUAUCGUUGAGGCGCGCUCGCGAUACAUUUGUGGAACAUCGUAGCUCAUUUGCCUCACACGUAACGCUGCCGACGAAGUGGAUGGCGACUGCUGGAAACUUACGGUUCAGGGGGCAUCAGUCGCGACCGUCUCCAGUUUUAGGGGAGACGGUUAGUCAGCGUCAGACCAACAUUAUUUUCGCUAGUUCCCCGGAUUCCAAUUCGUUAACUGAUGAUGCCGAGGACGACAGCCGAGGCCAGCCGGAAAGUGUUCCCUUCAAUGGUUCAGUGGAUCUCCCUCAAGCUGCAUUUGGUCGUGAUAUCGUUUCGUCCGCUUCGUCUGAAGCGACGUUCGAUGGUUGUAUUGCGGAGUUCGUGCUACCUUCGGAACAACAGAGGCGAAGUUCAGAUUUGCCUACUCUUCUCCGAAGGUUUUGGAAGGUGGCAGCUCCGUAUUGGAGCUCAGAAGACAAAGUAAAGGCACUCUUUUGGUUGGGUGGAGUUUUUGCGCUUACUCUAGCUACCACGGGUAUUAGUGUGGGCUUCAACUAUCUGGGACGGGACUUUCAGAAUGCUCUUGCGACUAAGGAUCCGGAGCAAUUCUACAACCAGCUCGUUAGAUAUUUUGCAGCGUUCGUCGGAGGAAUACCAGUUUUUGUUCUGCGAGAUUAUUUCAGAGAUACACUAGCACUCAGAUGGCGCGGGUGGAUGACAACGUAUUACCUGGACAAGUAUUUUGAAAAUCGAGCAUUUUACAAUAUCCAGUCUCAGUCGAUGAUCGAUAACCCCGACCAACGUAUUGUUGAUGAUUUGAACAGUUUUGCCGGAAGCACUAUAGGGUUUGCUCUAGCUUUAUUCAACGCGGUCAUUAAUCUGAUAUCCUUCAGCGGAAUUCUUUAUAGCAUUUAUCCACCUUUAUUUUUUGUUUGCCUCGUUUAUUCGAUUGGAGGGACUUUCAUAAGCGUGUUAUUAGGCAAGAAUUUGGUAAGUCUUAAUUUUAUGCGAGAAAAGAGGGAAGCUGAUUUUCGAUAUGGAUUAGUCCGCGUACGGGAGAAUGCAGAAUCAAUCGCUUUCUACGGUGGGGAGGCGAGCGAGAUACAGCUCUUGCUCCAGAGAUUCAAGCAGUCAUUUGAUAAUUACACUCAACUGUUGAAAACAUCAAGAAACCUGGACUUUUUUACUAGCUUCUAUAGUUAUCUCAUCCAGCUCUUGCCAGCAGCCGUAGUGGCACCUUUAUAUUUUGAAGGCAAAAUAGGAUUCGGUGUAAUCAGUCAAUCUUUUUCGGCCUUUGGCAAUGUUUUGAGCGACUUCUCUAUAAUUGUUGACGAAAUUCAAUCACUUAGUGCUUUCUCUGCAGUGAUUGAUCGGCUGGGUGAAUUUACUGAUGUUUUAGAGGAGCAGAACAAUCUAUCACGAGCUACCUUUGAAAGUAAAGGAACCUCAGUUGAUAAACCAGAACCUGAAGUGCCAGCAAACAGUUUAACAUUACCAUCAACAGCAAGGUCGCGUAUAAACCUUAUCGACGUUCAAGAGUUGCAGAGCACAUCACAUCCUCUCCUCGUGCUCGAGAACGUAACGUUGUACACUCCUCAGUACUCCAUGACACUCUUCAAGGAGCUUUCCUUGAUAGUGAAUAAAGGAGAAGAUUUAUUGAUUAUGGGCGCAAGUGGGAGUGGAAAGACAUCCUUAUUAAGGGCCAUUGCUGGACUUUGGAGAUCAGGCUAUGGCACAAUCAAGCGAUAUGUGGGACAUCGUGUGGAGGGAGAUCAGUAUAGAGUGGAAGACGAUGUUAGCAAGUUGCAGAACGACAAAGGAAACGGGGCUUCGGUGGAAAAUGCUGAAAGCUUGGGCAACGGUGAAGUGUUUUUCUUGCCACAGCGGCCAUACAUGGUCCUUGGCACACUUCGACAACAGCUACUGUACCCUAUGUGGAGCGAAGUAGAAGUUAACGUGGAUACAUCUAAUGGUUCUUUCCCCUUCGUUUCGAAAAUGGAUACCACUAAGUCGAAAGUAGUGCGGAGACCAUCCCCAAACGAUGGUGAACUUCUCGAUGCGUUAGAAAUUGUCCGAUUAGGUCACUUGAUGGACCGCUGUGAUGGUUUGGAUUCUUAUGUGGAAUGGGCCAGCGUUCUGUCUCUCGGAGAGCAACAACGUCUCGCAUUUGCACGCCUUCUACUGUCUCGGCCUCAAUUGGCUCUCAUGGAUGAAUCAACCAGCGCGUUGGAUGAAAACAAUGAGGUAAGUCUAUACACGGCAGUACAGGAAGCUGGUAUAACGAUCGUCAGCGUAGGACAUCGCAGCAGCCUCCGACGUUUCCAUAAAAAUAUUUUACAGUUUGAAGAGGCCCAAGGAAGCAGUGGCACCACUUGGACCCUUUCAAGACUCGCAGAAGCUGACUCUUCAUCCACAAGAAAAGGUUGAAGCGCAGAAUGAAUUAAAGCGUGAAGUUUUAGAGGAUGGUUCACCUUAACUUUUUCUACUGUAGUGUUGCAGUAGUUGCGGGUGUGAUCGUGCUCGACGCCUCAUCUUGUCCGCGCACUAGUAAAGUGGAGCACUCUGGUAAAUCCAAGUUUCAAGUGCAUCCUCGUACCAAAAGCUGUAAGCUUAGAUCCAUGUUUGCAAGCUUCGUACACAUUUUACAACUAAAACGACAGGCACGUAAUUUUUUAAUGAUUCUCGAGAGUUCUAAAUCACAGUUUUUGAAGCAAUUGCACGAUCUUGGAAGGAAAAUAGAAAUGACGAGCGAGGUUUAAUGCUGGGACCUAUCAACAAAAUUCUCUCGAGCAGCACUUGGACAACUGGUCUGCUUCUUGAAGAUUCCCAGGGAACAAUUCGACUUGGCCUUGAUGAAGUUUUCCAAACGAUGGAGGAUACACAGAAGCUUGGCAACCGCAGCAGUCGCACGAAAAUAUUUCCAGGUUGGGUGAGCAAUUCCAACGUUCACUUCGAAUUUCUUCAUCGGCAUGGAACUAAGGUCCGUUUCGGACCUAGUGACCAACCAAAAUUGUGUUUUGUGCCUCUGUGCAGCGUUUGGGGCGGUCGCUCAAAUUAUCUUUUCGAACUUGUACCGACCCAAACUCAAAUCGCUUUAUUUGUCGUAAAGCCCGUGAAGACCCUUCCAAGUUCGCUUCUGUGAACACAUUAUUUUCUUUCAAUGUCUCCCAUACUUUCUCUCCGUCCAAUGAAUCUCUCCUUCCAACGCUCGACAACAUGCACUCAGAUUUUUUUAGCAAAUGUUCAAGCUGUGUUCUACCUUUCUUUUGUAAAGUUAUAUUCAGAAGAGUCAAUGCAAUAAAGGUAGACGCUUGCUAUAA